CAGAAAACAUGGCGGAUAUGAAAGACUCGUGGUGAGUGCGCAGCUGCCGAACAUGUGCCCUCACACAACAUGGCGGAUUCAGCGUCAUGACGGCAGCGUCAUCUGUCUGGGACCUGAAGUGAGAGGAGAGCUCAGCGCCGGAGACAUAGCAGUGAGGUCCUCUGGUUCCUUCUUCUCACAUCUCACCGGCUUCCAUACUCUCUGGUUGGCGGUUCUUCUGGUGCGGUGGUGAUGAGCGGAGCAGCAUGGAGUAGCGCAGCAGGGUGUAGUGUGCGCGGUGCCGCAGGACGCAGGAUAGUGGUGUGUAGUGUGCGCGGUGCUGAACAUGUCCCAGCUGGAGGGAGCUGCCAAUGUUGUCCUCCGCAUUCCCUGCAUUGUGGCUCUGGACCUGCUGUACCGCUGGGACCCCCAGGACUUCACCCUCCUGACCUAUGACCCCUCCGUCCUCGGGGCCCUGUCCAUGCAGGACAUCUACUACCUGGGUCAGGUGAUGUGCGCGGUGCUGCUGCUCCUGCCCCUGCGCUGUCUGCUCCACCUCUACCUCUACCUCCUGACCGCACUGCUGCUCUAUGUGGCCCACCAGACCAGCAGGGACUACGUCCAUCAGGAGAUGGCGGCGGGGCGGUCAGGGACUGUCUACGGGGAUCACGCCUCAUUGACACGCAACAUCAGCACGCUGUCAGGGCUGGUGAUGGUGGCGGUGCUCUGCUCCAUGCUGAUGAGGACACGCCAAGUGUGGCUCUUCUCGGGUCCUAUCCUGCCCCUGCUGGCUCGGCUGGCGGGGCUCCCCCUGCAGGUUCUCCCUGUCCUCAGCGCGCUGUCUAUAGCCCCGUCCCUGCUGGUGAUGACGUACACUGCACUGACCAGCCUGGGAGGACUCCAGAGCCUCAUCAGGGCGGCCUACGAGGAGCUGUAUCAGGUGACUGAACUCUCCAGGCUGCUGGCAGUCGGGGUGUCGCUCUGGUCCCAGCUCGCCGUCCCGCUCAUCUUCCUGGUCUUCUGGCUGGUCAUGUUUGUUCUUCAUGUAUUCAGCACGUUGUCCUCUAAGCCUGGGGCCCUGGAGCAGCAGGGGCCCCUAUUCAUCUUCCUCAAUAGUGUGGCAGAAUGCUGCGGGACCCCGUACUGUCUGCUCGGACUUACCUUCACCGUCUCCUACCUGGCGCUGGGAGCGCUGAACCUCUGCAAGUUCUACCUGCUGGGGUAUAGCGCCUUCCAGAACGGGAACGUCAUGCACAGGGGAGUAACAGAGGGAGUAACACUGAUGCUCCUGGCUCUACAGACCGGCCUCCUGGACCUCCAUGUCCUGCAGCGGACGUUCCUCCUGAGUAUCAUCCUCUUCAUCGUGGUCACCUCCACUCUCCAGUCUAUGGUGGAGAUCUCCGACCCCAUAGUCCUGGCGCUGGCCGCCACUGGUAAUAAGAGUCUGUGGAAGCACCUCCGCGGGGUCAGCAUGUGCCUCCUCCUCCUCGUCUUCCCCUCCUUCAUGGCCUAUAAACUCUCACACUUCUUCGAUAUGGACUUCUGGCUGCUGAUCAUGGUGUCCAGCUGCCUCCUGACCUCCCUGCAGGUGCUGGGCACGCUCUUCCUGUACGCCCUCUUCAUGGUGGAGCUCCUCCAGGACGGCGGGGUGGAGCGGAUGGAUGAGAUCAUUUACGGUGUGAAGGCAGUGAGCCGGGUGCUGGAGUUCCUGGUGGCGCUGUGUGUGGUGGCGUACGGCGUCUGGGAGUCCAUGUUCGGCGAGUGGAGUUGGAUCGGCGUCUCAGUCAUCACCGUCCACUCGUACGUUAACGUCUGGCUGAGGGCGCAGUCCGGCUGGAGCAGCUUUCUGCUGAGGAGAGAAGCGGCCAACAAGAUCAGCGUCUUACUGAGGGCGUCCCAGGAGCAGCUGAACGCCCACAACGACCUCUGCUCCAUCUGCUUCCAGGAGAUGUCCGUGGCCGUGGUCACCGCCUGCAGCCAUUUCUUCCACCCGGACUGUCUGAGGAAGUGGCUGUAUGUGCAGGACGCCUGCCCGCUCUGUCAUCAGCCUGUGAAGCCCUCCGCCGCCCGGGAAGGGGCGGGAUCAGAAGAGGAGGCGGGGCCUGGGGGGGAGUGACGCAGCAGGGAUGGACCGCCGAGGAGGAAGCGGGUAAUAGCUGACAGAGGAGCAUGCGGUGCUGUCACACUGCAGGGAGGAUGGGGGUUAUCUCCUGCGCAGCUCCUCCCACAUUUAUAAUGUGCCAUCUGGACCGGAUGGAGGAUAGAUUCUUACAAGGAGCCCGGAAACACUGCUCCUGCACUACCUCCUGUCUUAUACUCCAGUCACAACCAAAGCUGCUUCUGUAUUCAGUUUCAUCAUGUCUAAUACUCUAGUUACACCCAAAGCUGCUUCUGUAUUCAGUUACAUCAUGUCUUCUUCUCCAGUCAUACCCAGAACUGUCUUCCUUAUUCAGUUACAUCAUGUCUAAUACUCUAGUUACACCCAAAGCUGCUUCUGUAUUCCGUUACAUCAUGUCUUCUUCUCCAGUUACAAACAGAGCUGUAUUCAGUACGUUUCUGUAUUAGCAUGUCUUACACUCUAGUUUCACCCAGAGCUGCAUUCUUUAUUUUCCUGUUUUACUACAGUAUAUGUCAUACUCCAGUCACUCCCAGAGCUGCGUUCAUUAAACAUAUCUGUUUUUACAGACAGAGCAUGCUCUGUGGCAGUAUUGGCCAGCUGAUGUGACUGGUAUCUGUACGCCGCGCUGCCUUCUCACCUGUGCAUCACCGCCUCAGGUUUAGAAUGGACCGCCCCUUUAAGGAGAGUGGCUGGGAUACCAGGGCCCCAGUGUGGGAGGUUGAGUGGCUUAUCCUGGGGGGCGGAUUAUACCCAUCGUCCCCCCUACCCCUUCCCCCUCAGAGCCUGGAUGUCUGUAAUAAGGAUUUAUAGAAUAAAAACUUUUAUUU